AUGAAUCGACAAAACGAAUCAGCUUUAAAUUCAAAGCUUUCACAGUAUCUAAAAGAAAAUCAUAUAGGAGAAGUAUGCCUCUACACAGCAAUUUCAUGGUUACAAGAAAAUGUUGAUAAAUUUGCAGUGAUGUCAGAAGAAAGCAAUUUAUUAGAAGCAAAGUAUUGUCAAGAAGCUAAGGAUGAAUUUGCGAGGCUUUGGAUUUAUUCUCACCACAUAUAUAAUAAAAAGAAAAGGGAAGAAAUUGUCAAAAAAGCAAGGGAACUGAAGUUAACAGGAUUUCUUUUGGCGGGUAAACCUGGAAUUGUUUGUAUUGAGGGACAUCACAGUGAUUGUAAAGAGUGGUGGAAAGAUAUUAAGUCAAUGACUUGGAAGAAAAUAAUGAUUCGAAGGACUGAAAUAUUUGAGCCUAGUGAGGAAAAGUCUUUCAAAAAAUUUUCAAGCUUUGAAGAACUCUGUCUUGUGAAUCCUGUACAUAAUAAGCAUUCCAAUAUGAGUGAACUGUCAAAGUUAAUGACUGAACUUGGCUUAAAUCAAAUAUUUAAUGAUUUAUUUGGACUGAACGAUGACUAA